CCAGCCUGUAAGGGUCUAGCUCAAGGGACUCUCACUGUACAUUACGUCAGACAAGAGACAACGAGGCCCCAAAAUGAGCAGAACAACUUUUUUUGAGGUCGAAAUCCUGGACUCAAAAACAAAAGAACAGCUCUGUUUUCUGGACAAGGUUGAACCUCAUUCAAGCGUAGCCGAGAUUAAAAGUUUGUUUCAUAAGUCAUAUCCCAAAUGGUACCCUGCUAGACAGUCUCUGCGGCUAGACCCUAAGGGAAAAGCAUUGAGAGAUGAUGACAUACUGCAGAAUUUGCCUGUCGGAACCUCAGCAAGUAUAUAUUUCAAAGAUCUCGGCCCACAGCUAGGUUGGACAAUGGUUUUUCUAGUGGAAUGCUUGGGUCCUCUACUGAUUUAUCUGCUCUUUUACCUCCGUGUCCCCUACAUCUACAGCAAAAAAUACACGUUCACCUCCAGCACUCAUCCUGUGGUUAGUUUGGCUUGUGCUUGUCAUUCGUUCCAUUACAUCAAAAGACUUAUUGAAACAAUAUUUGUGCACCGGUUUUCUCACGGCACGAUGCCUCUCAGAAGUAUCGUUAGGAACUGUGCAUAUUACUGGGGGUUUGCAGCAUGGUUGGCAUAUUACAUCAACCAUCCCCUCUACACACCACCAUCCUUUGGAGAGAGACAGGUCUACUAUGCACUGAUUAUCUUUCUGUUAUGUGAGGCUGGUAAUUUUUCCAUCCAUUGGACUUUAAACAGUUUAAAAUGUGAAGGUUCCAAAUGUCGGAGAUACCCACAGCCAUCCAAAAACCCCUUCACGUGGCUGUUUUUCUUUGUGUCAUGUCCGAACUACACAUACGAGGUAGGAGCUUGGGUGGGCCUGUCCAUCAUGACCCAGUGUGUUCCAGUGGCUCUUUUUACCCUGGUGGGCUUCGCACAGAUGACAAUCUGGGCCAAGGGAAAACACAAAACCUACAUCAAAGAAUUUAAGGAUUAUCCAAAUCUCCGCAUGCCCAUUUUGCCUUUAAUCCUCUGACCAACAUCAGAUGUGCCUGUCAGUACAUAGUUGAGAUUAAAAUAUCCAGAAAUGAUGA